UCGCCUUACUUUGCCCAUUAAGCCAAACUUUGCCCACAUGCUAGGCAAUUUAAAAAAUUCGAAAUUAUCCAUUUGGCAACUGUGGCAAUGGUGAAUGCGUGGGGGUAUGCAUGUUCAAGGUUGAUAGCAUGUGUAAAACUGCUCACAUGCAUUUCUCGAGUGCGCGUGGUGACACAUAGUUCGCAGGUAAAUAUUACUCUUUUUUGUCUUAUUUUUUACGUAAAUUGUAAGGUUUGGUGCGGGAUACGUAUUUGGGUUGUAGUUUUGAGCUAUUGACAGUAGUUUUAUAUGACCAUUAAUUACUUCAAUAUAUCCACAGAUUAAUAUUUAAAAAAUUAUUUUUUUAUAAAUUUGAAAAAAUAAAAGUGGGCAAUGUUAUCCGCAAUUUUGUGAUGAAACCUAAGAUUUAUUUUCAAACAAUUAUACGUCAAUGAUCGUAACUUAUAGCAUCGACAUAAUUAUUUCAGCAAUGGGAAAGUAUAAAAGACGGCUAGGGGCGCGAAAAUAUAUGGACUACGAAGCUAGUGCAUUAGAAAGGGCCUUGCAAGCAAUGAAAGAGGGGAUGAGCAGUCGGAGGGCUGAAACCCUGUACAACAUCCCGAGAAGGACGUUGUUGAAUAAAAUGAAACAUAUACACACCGGCGAUGUUGGUCGACCAAAGAGUCUUUCUCAAGCAGAAGAAAGAAGCUUAGUGGACGUCCUAAUAGCAAGUGCAGAAUUUGGGAGUCUUAUGACAGAACUAGACCUAAGAAUGCUGGUUAGAAAUUAUCUGGACCAAAAGGGGAUCUCUCUGACUUGUUUUAAAGAAAAUUUGCCAGGAAGAGACUGGGUAUAUUUGUUCUUGAAGAGGAACAAAACCAAACUAACGAAAAGGACCUGCCAGAAUAUUAAAAGAUGCCGCGCUGAAAAAACCUCAGAAGAGUUUGAAAGUUAUUUUCAAAAUUUAGAGACGACUCUGCAAGAUGUUCCUCCUCAAAAUAUUUUGAAUUAUGAUGAGACCAACCUAAGCGAUAACCCAGGAACCACGAAGUGCAUAUUUUUCCGAGGAACCAAAUAUCCCGAACGACGAAUGAACACCACUAAAAGUGCCAUUUCUCUUAUGUUCUCAGCAACCGCAGCUGGUGAACUCUUGCCAUGUUAUGUAGUGUACAAAGCCGAGCGAAUGUACAGUUCUUGGAUAGAAGGAGGUCCACCCAACACAAUUUAUAACAGAACGAAAAGUGGAUGGUUUGACGCUGGUACAUUUGUUGAUUAUUUUAAUAAAGUUGUGAUUCCUUGGGCAAGAAGAUUAAAAGGACCCAAAGUUGUUAUAGGGGAUAAUUUAUCCUCUCACCUUAAUGUUGAUGUGUUGCUUGCCUGUCAAAGGAACAACAUCCGUUUUGUCUUUCUACCUCCGAAUUCGACCCACAUAACACAGCCUUUGGAUGUCAGUUUCUUUGGGCCCUUAAAAAAGGCUUGGCGGACAAUCUUGCAAGAUGUCAAACUAAAAUAUCCCUCUCAAACUGUGUGGAGAAAUCGUUUUUCCCAGGUCUUUUGGCCAAGCUAAUAAAGACG